CGACGAUUUCCCUCCGUUGAUUUGUCUCCGGAAGAGAGUGCGAAAGAAAUUAGUCAAACGUUUAAUGAGAUGAUGAUGAUUGACACGAUGCCCUGUUUUGUUCAAUGCCACUUGUACUGAAUUCUACUUGCACACGGUGGAGAAGAGAGGGAGUAUCUCUCGAUCGGUGGCUAUAUAGCCAGCUACAGGACUGAUCGUUUCAGUUACGAACUCUUCAAGUCAGGAUUUGUCCAGUUUUUUUCACUCGUUCUCGUUUACCAUCUUGUAAAGACUAGCCUGACUCUAUCAGAUUUUAUUACGGAUUCGUACGAUGUCAUAAAUGUCGGCAAACAAGGGUCCACGUGGUUCAUCAACUCGUCUGUGUUGACGUUUUUAAUCAGCUUAAACGAGAAUUUUUAUCGCGAACGCCAACGCGAGUACACACAGCACCAUGCAUUCCGGAACAUAGAAUUUCGCGAUUUCCUUGCAAAGUGAACCACAAAAUUCAGCGGGUUACUUUGACGAGAGAAAAGUGAUUUAACUUGCCCUCGAGCUCGACACCGGUGGAUUUUUCCAAUUUCCCGAGGAAAAUGCCACCGCAGGAGAAAUUUGAAAAUUCCGUGCACUUGAACAACAAUCGGGAGAGUAACGUGGUGGCCACUCGUCAGAACUCGAUCAACAUUCAAACGGAGGAAACAGAUAAAGCCGUUAAGGAAGAGACGGGUGACAUGGAUUUUGAUGAAUUGCUGCCCUAUGUCGGGGAGUUUGGCCUUUACCAGAAGAUCCUCUUCGUUCUGAUGAUCCCUUUCGCUUCGUUUGUGGCCUGGGUCUACUUCUCGCAGAUCUUCAUCACGCUGAUACCGGAUGAUUAUUGGUGUUGGGUACCGGAACUGGAGAACCUCACAGUCAACGAAAGACUGUCGCUAGCGAUACCAGCCAAUCACGAGGGAUACUCGAGAUGCAGCAUGUACGAUGUAAAUUACAGACAGAUUUUGUUAAAUGAAAGCCACGUGCCGGACCCAUUGUGGCCAACGAAAGCUUGUCAACACGGAUGGGAGUUCAAUUAUAGUACUGUUCCGUACGCAACUGUGGCAACCGAGCUGGGAUGGGUCUGUCAGUACGACGCUUUGCCGACCAUUGCUCAAAGUAUCUUCUUCAUCGGCGCUAUCUUCGGUGGACUGAUUUUUGGAUGGAUCGCCGAUCAAUACGGCAGGAUACCAGCUUUGAUCGGGGCUAAUUUAAUGGGAUUUCUCGCUGGAGUGGCCACCGCAUUCACCGAUACGUUCUGGCAGUUCACGUUGUGCCGUUUUUUCGUCGGAUUUGCCUUCGACAAUUGCUUCACCAUGAUGUAUAUAUUAGUGUUGGAGUACGUUGGGCCAAAAUGGAGGACAUUCGUAGCGAACAUGUCGAUAGCAAUCUUCUUCACGUUUGCAGCGUGCAUUUUACCCUGGAUUGCCUACUUCUUGGCUGAUUGGAGGAUGACCUGCAUUGCCACUUCGGUUCCUCUUGUUCUCACCGUAAUGACGCCGUGGCUGAUCCCGGAAAGUGCUCGAUGGUUGGUCAGCCAAGGUCAAGUAGACAAGGCUAUUCAGAUCCUGGGCAAAUUCGAGCGAAUAAACGGCACCAAGGUGCCUGAUGACAUCUACAAACGAUUCCGGAUUGCAUCUGCAUCAGAUAUUUCUCACUCAUCACGUUCUCUUGCUCAAGAAUAUUCCGUUUGAUCCAAUGUCGGUAGCUCCGAGCGAAGAAUUCGCUUGCUGCGUGAAACACGAUAUCGUCAUAUCUUCAUUUUAUCGUAUCGAAUUUUUGAUGGCGAUUUCUUUGGUGUUCGACGGUCACGUACGGAACGUUGAUAAUCUAGGACUGAACGUGUUCGUCACAUUUACAAUCGCUGCAGCAACCGAGUUGCCCGCUGACACGUUCCUCACGCUCGUUCUUGAUCGAUGGGGCAGAAGAUGGCUCGCGUGCGGUUCCCUCGUUGUCUCCGGUAUAUUCAGCAUCUGGGCUUCAGCUGUCUCCAAUCGUUUGUAUAUUUCGUUUAUCACUCGUAUAUCACGUUGGGCAUUUAUAAUACAAAAUUAGAACUAGAUGGCAAUCUCUUGAAUUAUAGAAAUUAAAACUGUGCCAACUUGCAUUGUGUAGGGGAUGCGAAUCCUCUCCCCUUGGUCCUACCGCCAGCACUAUUAAAAAUAAAUUACUUUAUGAAACUGAUCUUGUCAAUAGUCAUAAAAUGCCUUACCUUCCCGAUCGAAAGCAGAGUUCAGAAAGUUUAUUUCAAGAGUCAAUCUAUCAUCGUGAGUGUACAUCACUCGCAUAGACAGCAAUCAGUUGUGUUGUUUAAUUCAAGUAAGAACCGC